UUACGAGGAGUGUCUCCCAAGUGAAAGGACAUAAAUAGUCUUCAGUGAUGAUAUAUACACGGAGAGACAGGGAGAUAGCGAAAAAGACGAGAGCUCAAUGAUGAUAAAUAAUAUGGUUUCAGUUUAUAUUUGGGAGUGUAGUUUAUAUUUGGGAGUGUAGCAAAACUACAAAAUUAACAGCACUGCGCACUGAAGAUCACUGAAACCUUCUCGUAUUUUAUAGUCUACUUUAUCCUACUUAGAAACCAUAGAUUGAUAAUGUGAAAAGUUUAAACUUUUCACCAAGGGGAUUAUAGCUCUUAGAACAAGAAGCUUAGCAGUAUGAUACCAGCAGUAAUAGGUGCGCGGGAUCGAGUUUUAAAAUAGUUCAUAUUCUAUCUUACACAGUAAUACAUUUAUGCAUCAACACAAUACACAAAUCUGCAAUAUUUACAAUGACUCUCACCCUCUUCAAAAGAAUUAUAUUUCUCUGGAGAUUUCAGACUUGUUUAAGAGGCUUUAUAUAUAUAGAUUUCAGUUAUAAAUGCAUACAAUGUAUUUACAACUAAUAGGAACGAAAAUAUCCUCAAUAUUAAUAAUGAUACUCACUAUUGAAUAUCAAAGUCUUCAUCUUGAUAUUUAAUAAUGCAUAAUAUUACGAUAUGAGACACUAAAAGUACAUACAACAUUGUCAUAGGACUGAAGUCAGCCAAGGUGAUCCUGGUUUUAAAUUCAUGAAAUUAGUGCUUUGCUACGAGAAAUAAUAGGUGUAAGCAUAGACAUGUAUCUAAGUAAUUAACCCUACAACAAUGUGGGCCUCGUUCAAACCUGCUACUUGUUAAAUUUGGUAAGUGUGGUAUCUAUUGUAGGUUUGUGUUGACAGCUAUAUUGUGACCAGAAUAUGGCCGAUGGAAAACGUGCAGAUGUUAUUAUACACAGAUACAUGUACAUAAGUGUGUGUAUGUGCGUGUGUGCUUCUGUGAGUAUGUAAUCGUAUGUGAGUGUUGAAAGUAAUUAUAUCAAUGACUAGGCGGCAGAAGUGCGACAAAACAUUUUGAUAUUUCCUAAUAAACUGUACAGACAAUAACUGCUCACAAUAAUAGAUUAUUUCUCAAGGAGUCAUCUGGUGGUAUUGACUUCCGAUUCAGCUGUGAGAAAAAAUGUUCCUUCCAGUUUUCAAUGAUAUCUUGUAAAUCCAUAAGAAGUUUCGUCCGUCAUUACGUUCUGAGUUGAAAUGAAUGUAAUAUUAAAGUUAUCUUGAGACAGUGGUACACAAAGAGAGACGUAAGUUGUUCACUUAGACCGAUUCUAGGGUUUACCUCCGGCUGUUCAAUCCUUGCAACGACAAGAUACAUAUUACAGAAAUAGCUGGGACGGUGACUGUAUUGAAGAGCAGUAUACAAACAUUAUUGUAUCUGGUAUCAAAAUUGAGAAAUUGAAAGCAUAUGAUAUAAAAACGAAUGGAAUACACUAUCACGUAUGAAAUACAUUGCCCUAUAACUAGUUUUCACAAUGCAAUAUAUUGAAAUUAUAAUUUUAUGCAAAAUCGAUUAAUGUUCCCGACUAAAUACGAUGGACUUGGUUUGUCUCAGAUUUAUUUGCAAGUCCAGAUUUACAAGGUCAUAAAAAGGAUACUGUCUAAAUACUUCAUUCACCGAGCAUGAAAGUCUACAUUCGCCGUUUGUACUGUGAUAGACACCUCUGUUUUUCUCCGACCGAAAUAUUCCCCGGAAGGAAAUAAAGAAACAAUAGAAAAAUAAAUUAACCUCAAAAUAGGAACAGAAUGCGUUGUAUGAGAAUAUAAACACUACCAAUUGUAAAUGAUACACUGGACAAUAUAAAAGGCAACUGUGAACUAAAUCAUAAUUAUAUUUUGCAAACAAAUCCAUAAAUAGCCCGACCAGACACAGCAAACCUUCUACACAGGCAUGGUUAAGAAGCUCAUUUUGCAUCCACAUGGUUUCUGGUUCAGUCCCACUGCGUGACAUCUUCUAUUCAAGCCCGUCGCCGACCAAUGUGUAAUGGCCGGUCGCUUGUCUGUUCAGGAGCGAGCUGGACAGACAAGCUGUUUUGGAUCAAAGAUAGUGACAUGCAGAGAAAGCCAUCGCAAAAGUCGACGAACAGGGUCAGUACGACUCCACCCGACGACGCUGGUCAGCAGACUGAUGUUUGAGGGGUUGCAUACAAUGGUUUCUAGCGGCGGAAGCCCGAACUACAACGGACUUGUCCCACAGAGAACGUUUCCGGUUACUUUUGGUUAUUCCGUCCGUUGAAGUGAGGGCAUACACAUCGGUGGGACAACAAUAAUAUUUUCCUGACAUGAUGCAUUUACACUUCAUAGUCGGACUCCAGCAUGGAAAAGGUUCUGAUAUCGAAACGUAAGAAAUAAGAUGAAUUUUGAGAUCCUGUUCAACAUUAUUGGCUUCACUUUCAACACAUUCCUCUUUACAUUAAGCAAACUCACUUUUCUCUACUUAUUGUACCUUCACGAGCACGAAUCCAAAGAAACAUGGACAGCUGCAAUGACAGUGGUACUUGCUGUACCCGAAGUUAUUUCUUUAGUCAAACUUCUCUGGUGCACGUCUUUUCUCCUCUAUGGCAAAUUAAGCGACUGGCCGUCGCCGCCAUCUUUUGUAUCGGGUAUCGUCUGCUCUAUAAUGGAAAGCACCGCAUUAAUAUUUUUUGUUAUGCGAAUCGGUCCCAAACUUCAUCCGAUUAUACUUAUCCCGUUAUUAAGCAGUGUGCUCUGCUUGAAAAUAGUUUCACUAUAUUUUAAAAAGGGAAUGCGCAUAUUGGACCAUGAUAACAUCGAUUCAAACACUAAAUCUCUGAAGAAUCUACUCUGUGCUGCGUUCGGUCUAAUUUCUGUAAUAUUAGUUGUGGCCACAUCAUUUGUGACUGGUUUUAGCCAAAUCUUGACUAUUUCAGAAUCUCUCAUUCUGCCCACAUCCUUAUUGGCUUUAUCUUUCACGUGGUGCCCUGGAAUAUCAACAUUUACAUUACGAUCUCGAGAGGGCCUGGUUGAUGGUCGUAAAAAUGCCAGUAUAAUUUAUACUAUUUUGAAAUUGGCAGUACUUUUUGUUUUAGCCAUUGUUAUAACUUACUUAAACCGCCUGGACAGCUUCGAAGAAUCAUUUUACAGCUUAUUGCAAGGUUUCCUUAGUUUAAUGUCAGCAAAACCCAUUAGAGAUGGACUCUUGCUUCACCUCUUUGCCGGUUUAUUAUCGCAUGCAUCCACUUACUUAUCAGCACGAACAUGUCUUACAUGUAGUGGCAUUUAUCUACCAACAAUAUUUGUUACUCCGCUCACAGUCUUGAUCAUAUGUUUUGACAAUUUCUAUGGUUUUUUUCAUAUCGUAAAGUUGUCUGCCCUGUCAGGAUUUACUCUCGCUCCGUGGUUUUGUUUAGGAAUUGCAAUUUUACUUUGGUUGUUACCAUUUUUAAUGCUGGGCAUGAACCAUACACCUGUACCAAAUUCCAUACUGAAAUCUUCGGAAUCGAACUUCUUAAGUUUUACUUACAACAAUAUCUUCUUCGAACAUCAUUUGCAUUUGAAUUACAAACCGGAAGGAAUUCAUACCAGACAUGAUAAGACGAGUGAAAUGUUGACCGGGGUACCCAAAGUGAGCAAAAUUUUCAUAUGUACAACCAUGUAUAGAGAAGCAGAAUUCGAAAUGGAGCGUCUCUUGAGAAGUUUACAACGAUUAUCUUCGUCGAAAAAACUGUCUCAUGUCUAUAUGGAGUCCCACGCGAUUCUUGAUAAUGGUUGUAAAGGAAACGAUCUUGGAGAGUUUGCUCUGCAGCUUCUGUCGUUACUUCAAAACCAACUAAAUAUUGCUCGUACAGAAGUUUAUGCAAAUCGAAUGCCUUACGGAUUGCAGCUGCAAUGGAUCUUAAAUGGUGGCAUUCCGUUUUUUCUGCACCUGAAAGACACUCAAAAAGUGAAACCGAAAAAACGAUGGAGUCAGGUAUUAUAUAUGAACUACAUAAUGAGUUUCCGGGUGACAAAAGCUUACAACUGGAUCGAAAAAAAGCUGAAACUCUGCGAAAUGGAAUCGAAGCCAUUCAACGCCCGCUACUAUGUCGAUGAAAGGAAAUUCUACGGUGUAGAUGCACUGGACAACGAAACGAAAAUUCCUACAAUAAGAUGUGACUACGCAAGUUCGAUGCUGAGUCAAUAUAGCGAUUGUACAGCAUAUACCAGCGGAGAUGAGACGUCAUACUGGUCUGAUGAUUCAGAACUGAGUAAAAGCCAAUAUUCAACCUCUAGUGUAUAUCUCCAUCCAAAUGGCUUGGAUGUCCCAAAGAUGAACGGUAAAUUAUCGGCGAGCAACCAUUCAGCGGUGAACUCUGCAUACGUGUAUGGGCUUGAUGAUUCUGGUAUUUCAUGGGCCCCGAGUACAAUAGCUGAUAUGGUUCGCAAUGACGUCAGUAUUCACAUUAAUCCGAAAAUAGAAGAGAAAUCUAUUAACACAAUCAGUGGAAAUUUAAUUAAUGAUACGAAACUGAACAUGGACUCGCCGUUCCUUCCGAGCUCUGAAGAAUUCGACAGCAGGACCUAUAUUCUAGCAACAGAUGCUGACAUGAAGUUCGAUGACGACGCUGUGCUUGAUUUAUUGAACACUUGUAAUGGUGAUCUUCGACUCGGUGCUGCAUGUGGCCGGACACAUCCCAUCGGUGAGAGAAAUCGCCCAAUUGUAUGGUUUCAAAUGUUUGAAUAUGCCAAAGAUUUCUGGAUGAUAAAAAGUGCUCAGAAUAUUAUUGGGUCGGUGAUGUGUUGUCCAGGAUGUUUUAGUCUAUAUAGAGUCGCUGCAGUCUAUCAGUUAUUGGGUGAAUAUGCUAAAGAAAGUGUGGAAUCGUCCGAUGUAUUUAUCAAAGACACAGGCGAGGAUCGAUGGAUGUGUACUCUUAUGAUGAUGAGAGGCUGGAAAUUAAAAUAUUGUACGUUCGCCUUCAACACGACUUACUGUCCAUCGACAGUGGAGGAAUUCUUGAAACAACGACGACGCUGGAUGUUAUCGGAUUUGGCCAAUACAUUCCUAGUAAUGAGGCAUCUUCCUCGAUUGGUGCGACACAAUGCCUGCUUUACGGCCAUGUACAUCCUCUACCUUGUUCAGUUGUUCCUUAUUGUCAUCAUUUCUCCAGGUUCCACCAUAAUAAUGAUUACGGCUGGAUUAGACAUGGUGUUCGGAAUAACUUUUGUAGUGCCUUCAAUCUUAGUUUGUGUUAUACUUUUAGUAUAUAUGUGCAUCUGUAUGUUUGCUCCGUCGAAAAUCCAAACUUAUGUCACCAUUCUCUUAAUAUUUAUAUUUGGCACUGCUAUUUCAUGUGUCUUCAUAGGCGGUGCCGUCUAUAUUAUCAAAGACAUUAUCAGAGACAUAGAAUCGGACAGCCUGGAGUUUCAAGAACAUUAUUUGUUAAUCUUACUCACGUCCAGUGUUUUCUAUGCUGCCAUUUUACAUCCACACGAGACUUGGAUUAUAUUUCUCGGUCUUUUCUACAUGUUCAUGUUCCCAGCCAUGCACAUUCUGCUUCCGGUUUACUCCAUCAGUAACAUUGUAGAUCAAAGCUGGGGGACGAGGGAUGGCAACAAAGCUUCCGUUCCGAAACUGGUUUGUUUCCCCAAAAUCCGUAAACGUCGAAAAAAGAUAAAGAAGAAAAGGAAGGAUAAAAUUCCCGCAACUUUGAAUUCUUCCACUCAUAACUUUAACCUCUUUGAUAAGCAUGAAGAUGAAGUCGAAUACAAAUUCUGGAAGUUUCUUCGAGAUUUCGUUAUUGGUGCAACGGUGAGGACGGGUACACCGAAGUUGGAAAUGGCUGAAAAACUCCGAAGGUUGCGCAUUAAAUGCAUUUUCGCAUUUUUGAUUUGUAAUUCGAUCUGGAUGAUCAUCCUUGGAUUCCUCUUCACAAACGUUACAACCGAAAGGUCUAAGUUUAAUUUAUUUGCUUCAGUCAGUGGCUCCCUCUACGGGAUAUCAUUCGUCGUUCAAAUUAUUGGAAUGACGGUACAUCGAACGCAAGACACUAUCGAACGUUUUAUACGUAAAUCGAACAGACACUCGAAGCGACCCGAAUGGAUAAUUACAAAAGACGAAAAACCUGAAGCUGUAAAAAACGGAAGUAAAAAAUAAAUCAAAGAAAAAGACGAAAAUAAAAUGAUAGAAGACAAAUAAAAGAGAAGACCUCUUGGGAAAAAAAUAGUAUAAAAUUUUAAAACAAAUAAAAGCUCUUCGAAAAUGCGGUGUGAUAGGGACGGGAGGUGGCAACGCUCACAUUUGCGGAUAGACAGAUAUUUUAUUCAUUCAAUAAUAGAAAUUGGGCUGCGCCCAUGCUGGUGCACUUGCCUCCGAACAUUUCGGUCGAUCACAUCAACCUUAUUAUUCGUUCCAGUCAGGUAUUUAUUUUAGAGAUCUUCAUUUGUUGGAAGACCAAAUAAGGUAUUUUAAAACGGUACCAGUUAUUACAAGGGGAGCUUAUGACUGCGAAUCCAAAUUUAUAGGCACAUUUUCGCAUGCUUCCUUCAAUUUUCAUGCAAACACAUAAAUUAUACAAAUUCUGUUAUUCUUUUAUACGUUUUAGCGACGCGGUUGUGAUCAUGUAUGUAGUGUGUAUAUAUACGUGUCUGUGUGUGUGUGUAAGCAUAAUUAUAUAAGCAUGCGUGAACAUUGUAUAUUUGUAUAGGUAUGUAUAAGCAUAACCUAUAGAUAUGUAGGAGUGCGUAUGUGAGUACUUUUAUAUCAUGAAGCUUGACAGUUAGGCAUCAAUAUCGCUGCGCGACUUCCCUGUCUGUCUCGUGUAUUUUGAAUAUAUAAGUUUUCGACAACUCUUUUUUUAUGAAUAUCGUAAGGCUGUGUGUGUUUGCGAGAUUUCGAAUACAUACGUGUAUGUCAUAUCGUUAAUAAACAUUAUCUGAUGUAUAACUCAAUAGACAAUUGUGUUUUUUUAUAUAAUAAGGCUGAUAUAAAGCAUUUCCUGUGUGUUAGAUGUGUGACUGCUACUGAUGAGUUUAGAGCUCGAUGUAGAGUAUCAUCAUCCAGUCUACUUCCAGUAAAGUUAUAUGGUUACUACUGUACUUCGCAGUAUUGCUAAUUAUAACAUACAGAGCAAAUGAGAAAUUAUGGUGCAGUUUAAAUUAUUUCUUCUCUUUAUACAUUUUACCAUUGUGGUUAUUGCACCUCUGCAGUGGGUGUUCUAACUUCAUGUUGUGUUUUUCAUAUAUAUAAUAUGUAUGUAUAUACUUUGGGUCAUCCCAUAAAUAAUGCGGUUUUUUCAAUUGCACGAACUAAAAGUCGGAGGGAGGGGUAAGGGAUACACUACCUGCAUCAACUUGCUAUAAAAGUAGGUAGUAAUUGUACUUAUUGUUAGUGUAAGUUUUGAAGAGUGCAAUACGAUUUCAACAGUUGCCUUCAAUAAAGACAACAACGCAAUGGAAAGUGCGAGGAAUAUCACUGCAGUAUAUGGGGAUCGGACAGUAAGUGUAAGCCAGUGUCAAAGGCGGUUCCAGGCAUUUUGAGCCUAAAACUACAGCUUAGAAGAUGAGCCUCGUCUUGGAUGAUCUGUAGAGCCAUUUUUGGACUGAAUAGUGACUGGUAACGAGAAAUGGGUUCUUUAUAAAAAUGUCAAGUGCCGAAAACACUGGAUAGGGGAAAGGAGAAACACCGGCACUCCAGGCUGAAGAAGGUCUUCACCCACGUCAGGUGUUCUUAUCUGUUUGGUGGGAUAUGAAAAGUUUAGUCCACUUUGAACUUUUAAAACCAAACCAAACGUUAGCAAAGAUCUACUUCGAGCAGCUUGAGUGGCUUAAGUCAGUGCUAGAAGGAAAACGACCAUCUUUGGUUUCAAGACGAAAGGUGUUCUUCCAUAAUGAUCGGCCACGUACAGCGAGGGUGACAUUCCGAAGGCUGGAGCAGUUUGAAUGAAAAACGAUGCCCCACCACCGUCAUUUUCACCGGACAUUGCCCCAUCUUAUUAUCAUUUAUUUUGCAGUCUUCAAAAUCAUUUGGACAGAAAAAAUAUGAAUUCUGUAGACGAGGUCAGAACAGUACUGAAAGAGCAUUUUUCGUAACGGACAAUUGAAUUUUGUAAGAGAGGCCUUGCAAGUCUACCAGAUAGAUAGAAGAGCAUAGUAUAAAAUGAAGAAGAGUAUAUUUUAGAUUAAAAAAGGACUUAGUUUAUCUUAAUUCCGAAAAAACUAAAAGAAGUAUAAAAGAACCGCAUCAUUUAUGGAAUGACCCAAUGUAUUAUAUAUAUAAUAUGCACAGUUGUAUGUGUAUGGAUAAUUUUUAAGUUUAUAUAAGCACGCUGAUAAAAUUGCUUUCAAUUGCGAACCUAAUAUAUGAUCAGUUUCCAGACGAAACCAAAUAUGUCCCGUGGGGACUUUUUGCGAAUGGUGCUUCUGUAAGAUGGCCGCAUAUUUAAUCUCGAGAGCCAACAAAUGAUUUAUAUCGAUUGAAAUUACACCCGCGAAGAAAAGAAAUGGUGUUACUAUUAUUUCUUGUUACAGCGGAAGUGGAAAUCAUGGAAUUCUACUUCACAUUACACUGAUUUAGAUUGCAAACACAAUACUUUGUUGAUAGAAUACAUACAUUUCAGCCUACACUCUGUGGAGACAAAUUCAAAUCAUUGCUCUGGAAAACAAUAGUUGAUACUAUAUAUUGUAUAGAAAGAGGUCAACAUAUGCAUAUUAAAUAUAUAUAUAUAUAUACACUACAUACCUUUUACCGAAGUGAAAUAUAUGCGUUAUCAGUAGUUUCAUUAACCAUUUUACAGGCGGGUUUUAUAGAUAGGAUGGUUAUCGUUAUCGUAAGCGCUCUCGACAAAACGAUAGACAUUUAAGAAGUUUCAUGCAACUAUAUAUUUACAAUACAUUUAUUUAUUAUUCAUAUAUUACGAAAGUGUGUGUGUGUGUGUUGUGGGGUACGAGAUAUAUAUACAUAUAUAUAUAUAU